CCCCCACGGCCCUCUGGGUCGCGGAGCGGGAUGAACUCUGGCGCGGGCGGCGGCAGCGGCGGCGGCUGCGCUGGGGCCGCGGCGCGGUCCCGAGGGGGCAGUCCCGGAGGGGAUGGCUUUGCCCCGUCGGCGCUGGGGACUCGAGAGCAUUGGGAUGCUGUCUAUGAGAGAGAACUGCAAACUUUCCAAGAAUAUGGAGAUACAGGAGAAAUCUGGUUUGGAGAAGAGAGUAUGAAUCGGCUAAUAAGGUGGAUGCAAAAACGCGAGAUUCCAUUGGACGCUUCAGUGCUUGAUAUUGGAACUGGAAAUGGUGUUUUCUUGGUUGAACUUGCAAAAUUUGGAUUUUCUAAUAUUACUGGAAUUGAUUACUCUCCUUCUGCAAUACAGCUUUCUGGAAGUAUUAUAGAGAAAGAAGGUUUAUCUAACAUUAAGUUGAAGGUAGAAGACUUUUUGCAUCUUUCCACAGAGCUGUCUGGAUUUCAUAUUUGUGUUGACAAGGGGACUUUUGAUGCCAUAAGCCUUAAUCCUGACAGUGCAAUUGAGAAGAGGAAGCAAUAUGUGAAAUCCCUCUCCAGGGUGUUGAACGUCAAAGGCUUUUUCCUAAUAACCUCAUGUAAUUGGACCAAGGAAGAGUUGCUAAACGAAUUCAGUGAAGGCUCGUGGAACAAAGAAACAGAUUCUCCUCCUGCACCUCGUGUAGUAUGGUUCCCUAGUUCCCAGGAUUCCGGACCAUGAAAAGUUGGGCGCAGCAGGUUUCAGCCGAAAUGGGUGUGGAUUGUUCCGAGAAUAAUAGCGGUGCCCACUGGGUAUUGAAGGCCUACCCUGGGCCAGAGGCGUUGCAUACGCUCUCCAGUUUUCAAAGCAUUCCUGCAGUCACAGCUGAAGGAAUUGAGGCUCAGAGAGGCCAAGUAACUGGCCGAAGGCCGCACAGCUUCUAGGCCGGAGAGGGUCGUAGUUCUGUCGGGGUCUGUGUCUCUUCAGAGCCUGGUUGUUUUCCACACGCGUGCUGUUGGUUGGUGCCUUCGUAAGAUAGAGGCAUCAGUUCUGUUUUAUCUCAAAGCAUAAAUUUUGCUUAGUCUUGUUAACACCACAGGGAAACUCAGCAAUUCUGACCCCCUCUUUGCCGUGCCCCUCCUUUUCCUACAGCUUUUAAAAAAAUUUUAAAGGGGCGGGGGGGCUUGGAUUCUAGUCCUACCACAGGACCAAUGGCAGGGCCUCAGUUGGGAAGAUUGCAAUAUUUUGCUUCAUCCUUACAAAAGACAGAUUCACAAGAAAAUGUAAUUAUUCCCAGUGACCUUCUAGGGGAAAUGGGAAAUAAAUCUGUCAGCCCAGAAGAGGUAUCACCAUCUAUUCGGAUUCUGUUUCCUAUUCAAAGAGAUUGUUGAAAAGGGAUUUCGGCAUUUUUUUUUUUUCUCUGCGUUUGUAAUUCAGCUCUCUCAAAGUAAACCAUUUUGUGGUGCUUGCCACCCCAGAUUUGUAUAAUAUCACGUUUUGUUUACAUGCCUAAAGUAAGCAAAUAACUGAACCCAAUUGUGCGGCCUUCAGUGUGUGGGAACUUGGUACAUCCCAGCCGGGGCUGGGCAGAGGCCCUGUGUUCUGUCUCAGACACAUGGCUCGUCACAGGUUGAUCCUGGGUUGGGGGCCGGGGGAUGGUGUGAGCAUCCUGUCUCCAGCAAGACCUGCCUGGCUGGAUCUCCUGCCCUAAAAAGUUUGUGGGAAAUGGCUGGGGCCUCUGUGCAGAGUUUCUAGACUCUAGAGCCGUCAAUCUCCACCUUAGCUGCACAUUAGAAUCACCUGGAGAGCGAUUUACGAAAGAAAAAAAAAUCCCAGUGCCCACGCUGUAUCCAGGACCAGUCACAUCAGAAUCUUGGAGAGAAGGCUCAACCUUGGUGUUAAAAAAAAUUUUGUUUUAGUGUUUAUUUUUGAGAGAGAGAGAGUGGGAGACAGAGCACGAGCAGGGGAGGAGCAGAGAGACAGGGAGGGAGACACAGAAUCCGAAGCAGGCUCCAGGCUCUGAGCCCUCAGCACAGAGCCCGAUGCGGGGCUCGAACCCACAGACUGUGCGAUCGUGACCUGCGCCGACGUUGGACGCUUAACCAACUGAGCCACCCAGGUGCCCUCCACGUUGGUGUUUUUGAAACUUGUGAGUUGAUCCUGUUGUGCAACCCGAAGGAGGGAUGUGGGCUGGGAUAGACCCCACGCUUCCCUCAGGGACCUUCCUCUUCGGGAGUGGAAUAAACCUACUGGAAUUUUCUGUUGCUGCCA